GCUGCCGGGGGCUGCUGGCGCGGCCAGGCCGGCGGUGCGGAGGACGAAGAUGGCGAGGAGCGGCGCUCGGUGGCCGCGGCUGCUGCUGCCGGCGCUGCUGGCCCUGGCGCUGCCCGCGGCGGCGGAGCGGAGCCCCGGGCCCGCAGAUAAACUUCUGGUCUUUACUGUAGCAACUAAAGAAACCGAUGGCUUUCACCGCUUCAUGCGAACUGCAAAGCAUUUCAACUACACAGUAAAGGUUCUUGGAAAAGGUGAAGAAUGGAAAGGUGGUGAGCUGCCCAACUCCAUUGGCGGAGGGCAGAAGGUUCGGCUGCUGAAGGAGGGCAUUGGAAGCUAUGCUGAUCAAGAGGACUUGGUUGUACUGUUUGUGGAAUGCUUUGACGUUAUCUUUGCUGGGGGCCCUGAAGAGCUCCUAAAGAAAUUUCAGGAAACGAAUCACAAGGUGGUGUUUGCAGCAGAUGGACUGAUUUGGCCAGAUAAAAGGCUGGCAGACAAAUAUCCUGUUGUCCGGAGUGGGAAACGAUUCCUGAACUCAGGAGGAUUUAUUGGUUAUGCUCCAUCCAUAAAUCGUAUUGUGCAGCAAUGGAAUCUGCAGGAUAAUGAUGAUGACCAGCUGUUUUACACCAAAAUCUAUGUUGACCCAUUGGCAAGGGAGAGCAUUAACAUCACUUUGGACCACAAAUGUGCAAUUUUCCAGACUCUAAAUGGAGCUGUUGAUGAAGUCCUUUUGAAAUUUGAAGAAGGAAAAGUAAGAGCAAGGAAUUCAGUCUAUGACACCCUACCAGUCACCAUUCACGGAAAUGGUCCAACUAAAAUUCACCUGAAUUAUUUGGGAAACUAUAUUCCCAAUGCUUGGACCCGGGAAACUGGCUGCACUGUUUGUGAUCUGGACUUACUGGACCUGUCAGCAGUCAAGGAAUAUCCAAGAGUAAAAAUUGGUGUUUUCAUUGAACAACCCACUCCUUUCCUAACUAAAUUUUUAGACAGACUGUUGACUCUGGACUACCCACGGGAGGCACUCAGUAUCUUCGUUCAUAAUAAUGAGGUUUACCAUGAAAAGCACAUCAAGAAAUUCUGGGAAAAAGCCAAGAACAUUAUCAGAAAUAUUAAAAUUGUUGGACCUGAGGAAAACCUGAGUCAAGCAGAGGCCAGGAACAUGGGAAUGGACCUUUGUCGCCAGGAUAAAACGUGUGAAUAUUACUUAAGCAUAGAUGCAGAUGUCGUCCUGACAAACCCAAAAACUUUAAGAAUACUGAUAGAACAGAACAGGAAGAUAAUUGCUCCACUAGUAACUCGCCAUGGGAAGCUUUGGUCCAAUUUCUGGGGUGCUCUGAGCCCUGAUGGUUAUUAUGCUCGAUCAGAAGAUUAUGUGGACAUUGUCCAAGGGAACAGAGUAGGAGUAUGGAAUAUCCCUUACAUGGCUAAUAUAUACUUGAUUAAGGGACAGACUCUGAGGUCUGAGAUGAAAGAAAAGAACUAUUUCAUGCGUGAUAAGCUGGAUCCUGAUAUGGCACUCUGCAGGAAUGCCAGGGAGAUGACUUUACAAAGGGAAAAAGACUCCCCUUCUUCGGAAACAUUCCAUAUGCUCAGAGCCCCAAAGGGUGUUUUCAUGUACAUUACCAACAGACAUGAAUUUGGAAGACUUCUUUCUACAGCCAACUACAAUACUUCCCACUACAACAAUGACCUCUGGCAGAUCUUUGAGAAUCCUGUGGAUUGGAAGGAAACUUACAUAAAUCCAAACUACUCAAAGAUCUUCACUGAUAACAUAGUAGAACAGCCCUGUCCAGAUGUGUUUUGGUUUCCCAUAUUUUCUGACACUGCCUGUGAUGAACUAGUAGAAGAAAUGGAACAUUUUGGGCAAUGGUCUGGUGGAAAACACCAAGACAGCCGCAUUUCUGGAGGUUAUGAAAACGUCCCAACCGAUGACAUUCACAUGAAGCAAAUAGGAUUGGAUAAUGAAUGGCUGCAUUUCAUACGAGAGUUCAUUGCCCCAGUCACACUAAAAGUCUUUGCUGGCUACUAUACCAAGGGCUAUGCUCUGCUGAACUUUGUUGUGAAAUACAGCCCUGACAGACAGCGGUCGCUCAGACCUCACCACGACUCCUCCACGUUCACCAUCAACAUCGCCCUCAACAAAGUAGGAGAGGACUUCCAGGGAGGUGGAUGUAAAUUCCUUAGGUACAACUGCUCCAUUGAGUCCCCCAGGAAAGGAUGGAGCUUCAUGCACCCAGGAAGACUUACACAUUUACACGAAGGACUUCCAAUCUUGAAUGGCACAAGAUACAUUGCAGUAUCAUUUAUUGAUCCUUAAUUUUAUUUUUCUUUGUCCUCUUCAACAGCAGUGUUCUUUACAUAAACAUUUAUUUAUAGAUCUCUUCUGGAAGAUGGUGAUAAAAGAAACUAAGUUACUGUUACUACACAACAGAGGUACUUUGGGCUAAAAGGAGGAAAACAGAAAAUGUUCUAAUAUUGUUGGAGAUUUCUUGAUAUCUGCUCUGAGCCUUGAGUCCCAAAGUAAACAUGUCCUACUUGUUUUUCCAUUCUGCUGUCCUAAAGAGUGGGUAAGGAGAGAAAAUGGAAAAGCACAGUGAACCCAUUUCUUCGUUGAAAAAACCCCAAACCCAAGGAAUGCUAAAUACAAAAUCAUCGGAAAAAUUGAUCGUGGUUUUCAGUCAGUUAAGUGACACAGCUGAAGUUUGGUUGUCUGUAUAUUUGGUGCCAACCAAAGAAAGGAAAAUCACAGCAUAAAAACAAAAUCAAAUUAAUCUUGUUUACAGUUGUUUCUGGUAAGCAAUAAUUCCAUAUGCUGGUUUAUACCGAAGGGAAAACGUCUCUGUAUUCAUUGUCAAUACUGAAAUGUACACCCUUAGAAGAAAAAAAUAAAUUAAUUGCAGAGAUGGAACAAGGAUGAAAUCCUUUAUCUAAGGAGAAAAUGUUUUAUCAUUUGUUCUGAGAACUUAUCCUAUUGAAAGCUUACUUUUCUUCAGCAAGUGACCUUUGUUUAAAGUGAGUUAUUUUUCUAAAUGUGUAGUUGCACCCAAUGGAUACUGGAAAUUUGAUGCUUAUUUUCAGAACGCUGGUAAAUUUUAAUAGGAUGUUUUAUAGGGACAGUUUUCUACUCUUAAAAUUACUUGAAUUUUGUAUCAGGAAAAUGAAAUGGUGGCAGUCUCUUUUAAAGCUAAGGGUCUUAACUUGACAUUUAUUUUGAAAAAAUUGGUUUAAAAUAUUCCUACUGUAUCUACUGUUUGUAAUUUAAAGAAACUUGAAGCUGACUGUCUCAAAGUCUGCUGUGCCAAAAUGCACGACAUGUUGGAAAACCUUGAGAAAAAUAAAGGGUAAUUUUAAAUUAAUGGAGCAGCUGUUACUUGAUGUAUCAGGUAGUUUCUUUGCAUUUGUGACUGUUCUUAAAAUACUGAUUUACUGACAAAUAUUUUGUCAUGAUCUGUAGAUGGGAGAUGGGCAUGUCAGAUUUUGGGUUGUUUGCUACUGGAGUUAUUUCAGUGAGUUCCUAUGUACCAAGCCUUGCAUUACACUUUCAGAACAACCCCAGCAGGAGUGAUGGUUCCUGGGUUUGUUUUUAUAUGGAGGCUGUUUGAUGAUCUAAACAGUACUUCAUUUUUUAACUGUGUAUCUUUGAAGAAGGUUUAUAUCACGUUUUCUGAACAGAAACUUUAUUUGCAGCUGACAGGAUUAAGAGAGAGUUUCAAAGAUUUGUCUUUCACUGAAAAUAACCACAUCUGCAUAUGUCCCUGUUCUGCAGUUUUGAGGAAUGAGUUUUAGCCAUAUUUAAAGUUAUGCUGAAGCAAAUACAUCAAAGUGAGUUAACCCCAAUAAUACAUUAAAAUGGGCUAGUUUGAAAAGGAAUGGCUUUUGACAGGAAAUUUUUUGCUUUCUUUUAAUUUCUCUUUACACUGUCAACUUUUUUGCUUUUUAGGCUAAUAUUUGGGGGUUGCUAUCCCUCAGCUUUGUUUCCUGGUAUGGAACAGCUGUCUCAGUGUCUCUCUCUCUACUGCCUGUGCUUAGACAAACCUUACAGAUAAGAAAGUCUUCAAGUCUUCAGAAUGAAACCAGCCUUUGUUAGUCAUCUUUUCUUGAGCAUUUGUCUGUGGUUUCUUAGGCUAACCUAGAACAGAAUAAUGUUUUUUACCAUUAGAUCAGUUAACAGGCAGUUUGUUUUGAGGAGAUUUCUUGGAAAAAAUCACAGAAAUACAAUCCUGUAGCACAGGGGAGUUUCUGGACUUCUGCAGAAUUUUUCCUCCCCCCUAUAACUUCUAUUUUAGUUAUGUAUUCUGUAAUUCUCAGCAAAAUUUAUCUUUUUGGUGUGUAUUUUGCCUGAAGGAAAACCCUGAGGGCUUUAAUUGCUGCUUAAUUUUUGUGUUUGCAACUCUUAGUUCACUCUGUCACGUAGUGUCAAUUAACGCUCUGUUUACUGUGCUGCACAUUUGUUGGAAGGGAAAAUGUGAUUGCCAUGUUUGAGUUACUAAUGUUCUCUUAUU